UCCCAGCGCUCAGAUAACACAUGGCUCCGGAACGUUCCACAGCCGGGCGCCUGCUUUGUUGGGGUUAUAAUGAUUGUGGGGCUGAUGGGCCAAAAACACAGAAGCCCCAGUGAGAGAAGGCCACAGUGAGAUGGAGCCUGUGUAGAGGUGCCCUCUCACCUUACCCAAGCCGGAGUGUCCCUGCUCUCAUACACUGAUCUGAUGGCUGAGCACAACCAUGGAGAGGAGCCACGCGCUAUUUCAGGAAGAGAGCGAGAGCAGAGCGGGCUCUCUCUCCCCAACCAGAUGACUUAUGUGUGUGUGUAUGCGUGUGGCUGGGAGAGUGUGUUUGCGACUGAAAAGUGCAAAUAAAAAGAGUUAGUGAGAACUCAGUACUGGCCUGCCGUGCUUCUGUGCUCCACCCACCUAAACACUUGCUACAGUGGUGCCGAAACCCGGGACGGAGCACAGGAGAAAACAGCCCCAUGGAGUCCUCCCCCUUCAAGGACCUGGUCCAUGCCCUCGCCACGGCCCAACAGAGCCAGCACCAGGCGCUGGUCCCGCUCCAGGAAGAACAGGAGCGGAGGUUCGAGGCCCUGGUGCUGGCGCAGCAGGAAGAUCGCCGGGUGUUCCGGCACCUACUUGCGUCGGCGGGGUCCACCACCUCCACUGCCGCGGGCCCUUCCCACCUCACCCUGACGAAGAUGGGCCUGCACGACAACCCCGAGGCCUUCCUCAUUCUCUUUGAGCAGGCAGCAGAGGCGUGGGGUUGGCCGGUGGAACAGCGCGCGGCGCGCCUCCUCCCCCUCCUCACGGGCGAGGCGCAGCUGGCCACGCUACAGCUCCCCGCUGACAGCCGGCUGGUCUGCGCGGACCUCCGUAGGGCCGUCCUCCAGCGCGUGGGUCACACUCCGGAGCAGCAGCGGCAGCGCUUCCGCGCGCUGCGCCUGAAGGAGGUCAGCCGGCCGUUCGUGUUUGGCCAGCAACUCCGGGAUGCCUGCCGCCGGUGGCUGAGGGCCGACAACCGCGACGCCGAGGAGAUCAUCGAUCUGGUGGCGCUGGAGCAGUUCGUCGCUUGACUUCCAGAGGGAACCAGUUCAUCCAGUUCGUCGCUGGAUUAGGCCAUUGAGCUGGCGGAGGACCAUAUGGCGGCCGUUCCAACGGCAGGACAGCGUGUCUCCCCUUCUCCCCUCCCCUCUCUUUCUCUCUCUCCUUCUGUUCCUCUCCCUCACCCCAUUCCCCCACCGCGGAGGCGGGGGCCGGCUCCACCCCAGCCAGCUCCCCACACCCGCGGUGUCCUAUCUUCUCCUACUUCCGUGUCUGUGUGUAACGGCCAAAGUAGAGUUCAUAUAGAUGUGAAUUACAAUUUAUGUUACAUGGUAUAUAUAAUUUCAUUUGAGUGUGUAAUUUCAUAUAAGUAGUUUAUGUCAUGAUUAAGAUGAUGAAUAAUAUGUGACAAGGUUAAAAGAAUUAGAAUCAGAAUUCAUAUGUUAAGAAUUAGAACUGUCUCACGCUUCUUAAGAAUUCAUAUGUGAAGAAUUAGAACAAGAAUUAGAACUGUCUCACACUUCUCAAGAAUUAGAAUUAGAAGUCAUUCAGCUAUAUAAGAACGGUCUCGCGCUUCUCAGGGUAGAUCUCGAGAAGCCGUGGAAGCGAACAGUUUUUCUUACCUGACACUCUGACUCACCGACUCUCUGUAUCUUAGAACCUUUGUAAUUGUUAAACGAGGAUUAAAGUUCAACUUUCAAGACGUUUCAAGUGGAUUUAUUGCAAGGCACACGGACACGGAGAGUGGAAACAGUUACUUUGGGACAGAGACUUUGUCAGCGUAAGCUAUAGCACUUUUCUCAAGGUCUCACUACGAACGAGCCUCUACAUUAGUAAGAAAAACUCGCUUGACAUCGGACUACAAAACGCUGGAGAGGUUCGCUGAAACUGGAAAGAAGAUUCAUCGAGGGAUUUACCGAGGGACUUCUGAACUUUCGCGAUCGCGCGCUACACUCGUGGCUGGUGAUUGACAAGUGGACGUGGCUGCAACGUGACUGUCGCAAGUGGAAUCGGAACGAAAAACCGGACCGACGUUCAAAGCAACCAUGACGGAUGAAGAAGAAAAGACGGUAAGCCUUCCGAGGGAAAAACGUCAGCGUAAACCAACACAACGGUCAUUGGAAAAUAGUCUGCAGACAAGAAUUGACUCCAGAAGAGCAAAGCUAAAGAAACUGACUGAGAAAAAAAAUGAAUUGCGUGAGUUAAUGUAUGAUGAUGCAAACGUGGAAAAUAUAACAAAGGAAUUGUUAACCGAGUAUGAAGAGCUGAUAGAAGAAUUCAGUAAGAUAAAUGCUGAUGUCAAAGACCUGUACAGUCAACUUGGAUACAUAGAGAAUAUGAAUACAGAUCAAAGUGAUUGGUUUCAGCCAAGAUAUGAUAAGCAAUGCAAUUUUGUGCAAGAGGUUAGAUCAUGGAUACAGGAUGCAACGCAUCGCAUAGAAGAGUCUGAAAGAGUGAACAAUGAGGUAAAUCCUGAAGAUAGCAUUUCAGUUACAUCCAGAAAGAGUAAAAAGACCAAGUCUGUCUCUUCUGCUUCUGUAGCAUCAUCGGUUCGCUCUGAGCGCUUAAAAGUUGAAAUGGAGAAAGCCGCUUUGUUAACCGAGACAGCUGUGUUGAAACAGAAAAGGGCUUUGGAAAAGCAGGAGCUACGGCUCAAAGCUGAAAAGGAAGAGCAGGAGCUACGGCUCAAAGCUGAAAAGGAAGAGCAGGAGCUACGGCUCAAAGCUGAAAAGGAAGAGUUGGAGUUACAAGCAAAGCUCGCUGCAUCGAAUGCAAGAUUAGCUGUGUUAAGAAAAUAUGGAGGCUCAGAUGUGUCAAGCGGCUCUAAAGGCAGUAGGGUGGAUUCACUGAGGGCUACUCGGAGACAACAUGUCAGCUGCAAUAGGAGCAGUGGGGCUAGUAAUGUAUCUCAGCAUAGCCAUAGUAGUGGAAUAGCUGCCGAUGCAACGCCUGUUGUGCGACAAGAGCCUGUUACUUCAAAGGGCAAUUCUGCAAACACAGACAACCUGGCUUCUGUCAUGCAACGCCAAAAUGAGAUAACUGAGAGUCUAAUAAAGCAACAAAAGCUAUCUACAUUGCCUUCGCCGAAUAUUCCAGUUUUUAAAGGAGAUCCAAUGGAAUACCAUCUAUUCAUGAGAGCUUUCGAGCAUCGCAUAGAAAGCAAGACUGAAAACAGCAAAGAUCGGCUUUAUUAUUUGGAACAGCACACAUGUGGUCAGCCUAAUGACUUAGUGCGCAGCUGUCUUCAUAUGGAUCCUGAACGGGGCUACCCUCAAGCCAAGAAAUUAUUAAAGGAGCGCUUUGGUGACAAAUAUAAGAUCUCGAUGGCAUACCUGGACAAGGCUUUAAAUUGGCCUACUAUCAAGUCGGACGACGCUAAGGCACUUGAAGCAUAUGCUCUGUUUCUGAUCAACUGUAAUAAUGCAAUGUCGGAUCUAGAGUACUUGGAUGAGAUGGAGAAUGCUGCAAACAUGCGCACAGUUAUCUCCAAGCUCCCAUACAGGCUGAGGGAGAAAUUCAGGAGUGUCGCCAUUGACAUUCAGAAGAAAGAUCGGCGAACAAAGUUCCAAGACGUGGUGUCAUUUGUAACCAAACAGGCUGAAAUGGCAGCACACCCUGUGUUUGGUGAAAUCUCAGGUCAAACAAAGCGCCAACCUGAAAAACCAGCUGGCAAGAAAACCAUCAUAACGCUAGCCACUGAAGCUAAAGAGCAGAGGGUAGUGAAAGAUGUUGCUGGUGCCGAGAACAAGAAAGCUAAAGAGAAGAAACCAAACAUGAACAUGGCUUUCGUGAAACCGUGCAUCUUCUGUCAGGGAGAGCAUACCAUGGAACAGUGCAAGAAACUUCAAAAAAAGCUGCACAAAGAAAAAUUGGAAUUCCUUAAGAGUAAAGGACUCUGCUACAGCUGUCUUAUAGGAGGACACAUGAGCAGUGCCUGUGAAGAAAAGAAGAGCUGUGAGAUGUGUUCAGCUAAACACCCUACACUGUUACACAUAAAGCAGAAACCUAAAGACAUAACAAAAGAAGACACUUCAAGGGAGGAACCAAAAAAGGAGUCUUUACAGGAAGAACAAACUGUGGUCAGUGGAUUCGUGGAUGCAGGGGAAACUUGCUCUCAGAUGGGGGCUGGGGGUGUAGGAACCGUCCUCGCCAUUGUUCCGGUGAGAGUGAAGGCAAAGAAAGGCAACAAGGUGCUGACCUGUUAUGCGUUUCUGGAUCCAGGGAGCAACGCCUCCUUUUGCACUAACAAGCUAGCCAACAGCCUUAACCUGCAAGGAAAAAAUGUGAACAUCCUACUUACUACUAUGGGAGACCAAAAGACCGUCUCGUGCAAGGUGUUGCCAGACCUAGAAGUCAGCAGUCUGGAGGGGGAUGACUUUGUCGGGCUCACUGGUGUGUUUACACAAAGGGCCAUACCUGCUAGUCAGGAGAAUAUCCCAACCCAAGAGGACGUGGAUAGGUGGCCACACUUACGAGGUGUACGAAUUCCAUUGAUCAAGGCGGAUAUCGAUCUUCUUAUUGGGACUGAUGUCGCAAAGGCUUUAGAGCCAAAAGAGGUAAUCUGCAGCGUGAAAGAUGGACCGUAUGCAGUACGUACAGUCUUGGGAUGGACAGUGAACGGGCCGCUGCGUGAGAACAUCGGAAGCUGGUCAAAGGACGGAUACCCACAGAUCCAAAUUAAUCGGAUAUCGGUGGCUCGACUUGAAGAAUUGUGGACCCAGCAAUUCAAAUAUGAUUUUCCCGAGAAUGCUCAAGGAGAGCAGCUUGAGAUGUCAAAGGAAGAUCAACUGUUUAUGGACAGAGUCACUACAUCCACAAAACUGGUUGACGGUCACUACUCUAUCGGAUUGCCAUUGAAGAACAAAGAUGUGAAAAUGCCUAACAAUAGAGCAAUGACAGAGCAACGAGCACUCAACAUGAAAAAGAAGCUUCAGAGAAACCAGACGUUCCGAGAGGAAUACGUCAGCUUCAUGAACCAGGUCAUAACCAAGGGAUACGCCGUCAAGGUCCCAGACGAAGAGCUUAACAGGAGUGAUGGAAAGGUGUGGUUUAUUCCACAUCAUGCUGUCUACCACCCCAAGAAGCAUAAACUUCGAGUGGUAUUCGACUGCGGUGCUUCAUAUCAGGGAACCACACUUAACGAGCAACUACUGCAAGGGCCUGACAUGACAAGCAGUCUGGUUGGAGUCUUAACACGAUUUCGUCAGGAGCCAAUCGCAGUUAUGGCAGAUGUGGAGGCCAUGUUCCACCAGGUCAAGGUCCCAUCUGAAGACGCAGACCUUCUCAGGUUUUUAUGGUGGCCUGACGGGGAUAUCUCAAAGGAGCUGCAGGAGUACAGAAUGGAGGUACACUUGUUCGGAGCCACCUCUUCACCCAGCUGUGCGAACUAUGCGCUGAGAAGAUGUGCCGAGGACAACAGGAGUACUUUUGAUGCAGCAGCUGUGGAGACAGUGUUGAACAAUUUUUACGUCGAUGAUUGUCUAAAAUCAGUUAACUCAGAACAGGAAGCGAUCAAGCUACUCCACGACUUGACGGCCAUUUGUCAAACAGGAGGCUUUAGACUGACAAAAUGGACGACCAACAGUCGAAACGUGCUGUUAACCAUUCCGCUUGAGGACCGAGCAACAGAAGUCAAAGAUCUUGAUCUCGACCAGGACUCACUCGCCAUCAAGAGAGCCUUGGGAGUACAAUGGUGCAUCCGGUCAGAUCAUUUCAAGUUUCAGGUGAACAUCGAGCAGAAGCCUUUUACCAGGAGAGGAAUCCUGUCUACAAUGAGCUCUGUCUAUGAUCCACUAGGAAUGUUGUCACCAGUCAUACUACCUGCUAGAAACAUCUUGCAAGAAUUGUGUAGACUAAGAACAGCCUGGGAUGACACUGUGCCAGAACACCUCGCACAACAAUGGACCAAGUGGACUGAAGAACUCCAACAGCUCACUGACUUUCGAGUAACACGAUGCUUUAAGCCACCUGGAUUUGGCAAAACUGUGCAAGCUCAACUGCAUCAUUUUUGUGACGCAUGUGAAAUAGGCUAUGGUACUGUCACGUACUUAGUCCAGAAGAAUAGCAGCAACCAAGUACACUGUUCAUUCGUCUUGGGGAAGGCGAGGGUCGCCCCUCUGAAACCAACUACCAUCCCGCGGUUGGAGCUGACGGCGGCUGCCUUAGCUGUGAAGGUGGAUGUCAUGCUGAAGAAAGAGCUUCAGUUGCCGCUAUCAGAUUCCAAGUUUUGGACAGACAGUACUGCCGUACUCAAGUACAUAGCCAAUGAGAACAUCAGAUUUAAAACAUUUGUGGCAAACAGGAUCGCCACAAUUCUGCAAGCAUCAAAGGUGCAUCAAUGGAGCUAUGUCAACACUCAGUUGAAUCCUGCCGAUUAUGCCUCGAGGGGUCAAAGGGUGAACGCCUUCAUGAGGAAUGACGUCUGGAUUGCUGGUCCCAGCUUCCUCAGUAAACCAGAAAGGGAGUGGCCAGACGAACCCAAUCACCUAGAAGAGCUCACGGCUGAGGACCCUGAGGUGAAGAAAGGCGUGCUGGUUAACGCUACCACAGUAGAAAGCACUGAUGCAAUGCAGCAGCUAAUCCAAUACUACUCUUCAUGGGUACGUCUCAAGAAGGCUGUGGCGUGGUUCACGCAACUCAAGCGAACCCUGGUGAACCUGUCUAGGAAGAGAAAAGAGUUGAAAGGAUUGUACAGGGACGAACAACAGCUGAACAAAGAGAUGUUGAGCUACAAAAAGGGUCUCAAACAUACGUACUUGACUGUGGAUGACCUGCAAAAAGCAGAGAUCGCUAUUAUUAGCCAUUGUCAAAACGAUAACUUCCAAGAGGAAAUAUCUGCUCUUCGGAGAAAGGACUCCAUUAAGAAGAGUAGUCGAAUCUUCAGACUCAGUCCGCAACUGGAAGAGGGAAUCCUUCGCGUUGGAGGGAGGCUCAGUCGAGCAUCCAUGCCAGCAGAAGCCAAGCAUCCAAUGAUCAUCCCUAAGAACCAUCACGUGGCGGACUUGAUUCUCCAGGAUGCGCACGAGCGUUUAGGACACAGUGGACGUAAUCAUGUCUUGUCUCACACACACCAAAGGUACUGGAUCAUUGACGCUCCCUCAUCAAUCAGAAGAAUGCUGUCUCGGUGUAUUACCUGUCGAAAACAACAUGGUGCAUCAGGCACACAAAUGAUGGCAGACCUACCAAGAAACAGAGUUCUACCAAAUGAACCACCCUUUACCAGAACUGGUGUGGAUCUAUUCGGGCCAUUCAGCGUCAAGCGGGGAAGAGUGUCUGUAAAAAGAUAUGGGGUGAUAUUCACCUGCCUUGCAUGUCGUGCGGUCCACAUAGAAAUGGCAACAUCAUUGGAAACCGACUCCUUUAUUCAAGCUCUGCGGCGCUUCAUUGCGAGAAGGGGUCAAGUGAAGGAAAUGAGAUCCGACAAAGGGACCAACUUCGUUGGAGCCGACCAUGAGCUGAGAAAGGCAAUAAAGGCAUGGAAUACUUCACAAAUCGAGAACAGCUUGCUCCAACGUGACAUCACUUGGUUAUUCAAUCCACCAUCUGGAUCCCACCACGGAGGGGUGUGGGAAAGAAUCAUCCGCUCCAUCAGGAAGAUCAUGGAUGCCACUUUGAGAGAACAAAGCUUGGACGAGGAAGGUCUUCAAACGUUCUUCUGUGAAUGUGAAGCCAUCUUGAAUAGUAGGCCUAUCACUACGCCUUCUAAUGACAUUAAUGACUUGGAAGCCCUUACCCCACAGCACUUACUCUUGCUCAAGACUAACCCCAACCUACCACCGGGUGUCUUUGAUAAGGAUGAUACUUACGCACGCAAGAGAUGGAGGCAAGUCCAAUACAUGAGUGAUCUGUUCUGGAAACGCUGGACCAAAGAAUAUCUGCCUCAACUCCAGAAAAGACAGAAAUGGAACAGUCCAGCGCGCAACUUCAUCCCGGGAGAUAUAGUCUUGAUCGUCGAUGAAUCAGCCCCUAGAGGAUCAUGGCUAAUGGGAAGAAUCGUGAAGACUGUGGAGGACGAACAUGGAGUCGUCCGCAAGGUUCGAGUCAAGACGAAGAUGAAUGAACUUGAGCGGCCGAUCACCAAACUCUGCCUGCUUCAAGAAGCAGAAUGAAAAGGACUGUUAAGUACAUUCAAUGUUGUAAUUGUUUCUAGGAUAGAAAGCAAUUAGGGGCCGGGUAUGUAACGGCCAAAGUAGAGUUCAUAUAGAUGUGAAUUACAAUUUAUGUUACAUGGUAUAUAUAAUUUCAUUUGAGUGUGUAAUUUCAUAUAAGUAGUUUAUGUCAUGAUUAAGAUGAUGAAUAAUAUGUGACAAGGUUAAAAGAAUUAGAAUCAGAAUUCAUAUGUUAAGAAUUAGAACUGUCUCACGCUUCUUAAGAAUUCAUAUGUGAAGAAUUAGAACAAGAAUUAGAACUGUCUCACACUUCUCAAGAAUUAGAAUUAGAAGUCAUUCAGCUAUAUAAGAACGGUCUCGCGCUUCUCAGGGUAGAUCUCGAGAAGCCGUGGAAGCGAACAGUUUUUCUUACCUGACACUCUGACACUCUGACUCACCGACUCUCUGUAUCUUAGAACCUUUGUAAUUGUUAAACGAGGAUUAAAGUUCAACUUUCAAGACGUUUCAAGUGGAUUUAUUGCAAGGCACACGGACACGGAGAGUGGAAACAGUUACUUUGGGACAGAGACUUUGUCAGCGUAAGCUAUAGCACUUUUCUCAAGGUCUCACUACGAACGAGCCUCUACACUGUGCCUUCCCACCCUCAGGUGAGUGAUAUCCGGAACACCGGUGCAGAGAGAGACCCCGGGCCGGUGUCCUGGCGCUGCGGGGAGCCGGGGCACCUCCAGCAUCAGUGCUCGGCGAUGGAGGCGGGUGCGGUGGUCCGGAUCCCCGACGUGCCAGGAGCCGCCCUCGAUCGGGCCGGAGCGUAUCGCAUACCGGUGAGUAUCCAAGGGGAUACGUAUCAAGCUUUGGUGGAUUCCGGCUGUAAUCAGACCUCAAUCCACCAAAGCCUGGUGCAAGACGAGGCAUUGGGGGGAGCACAAUUGGUGAAGGUGUUGUGUAUGCACGGGGAUGUUCACAGCUACCCUUUAGUGUCAGUUCACAUUCUGUUUCGAGGGGAGAAAUUUAUAGUAAUGGCAGCGGUUAAUCCUCGCCUCACCCACUCUAUAAUUUUGGGGACUGAUUGGCCGGGAUUUCGGGA